UGGGGGGGGGGCCCGCGCCCAGGGUCCGCCAUGUCCCUGCUACCCACGUUCGGCUUCACGCAGGAGCAGGUGGCCUGCGUGUGCGAGGUGCUGCAGCAGGGGGGGAACCUGGAACGCCUGGGUCGCUUCCUCUGGUCCCUGCCCGCUUGCGAGCACCUGCACAAGAACGAGAGCGUCCUCAAAGCCAAGGCCGUGGUGGCCUUCCACCGGGGCAACUUCCGCGAACUCUACAAGAUCCUCGAGGGCCACCAGUUCUCGCCGCCCAACCACCCCAAGCUGCAGCAGCUGUGGCUCAAGGCGCACUACAUCGAGGCCGAGAAGCUGCGGGGCCGGCCGCUGGGCGCCGUGGGCAAGUACCGCGUGCGCCGCAAAUUCCCCCUGCCCCGCUCCAUCUGGGACGGCGAGGAGACCAGCUACUGCUUCAAGGAGAAGUCUCGCAGCGUCCUGCGGGAGUGGUACGCCCACAACCCCUACCCGUCCCCGCGUGAGAAGCGGGAGCUGGCCGAGGCCACCGGCCUGACCACCACGCAGGUCAGCAACUGGUUCAAGAACCGCCGGCAGCGCGACCGGGCGGCCGAGGCCAAGGAAAGGGAAAACACCGAGAACUCAACAAGCCACAAUCCGCUCGUCCCGUCCCUGAACGGGAGUAAGACGGUGCUGGGCAGCUCAGAGGACGAGAAGACGCCGUCGGGUACUCCAAACCACCCGUCGCCCAGCCCCGCGCUUCUGCUGGCUUCGCCCCCGGGGCUGCAGCCUCUGCACAGCCUGGGUCAUCCGCAAGGCCCCAGUGCCAUCCCGGUGCCCAGCGCCGAGCCUCUGCACCACCACAGCCUGCAGGACUCUAUCCUCAACCCUAUGUCCUCCAACCUGGUGGACUUGGGCUCGUAA